AUGGGAAACACCAAGUCGAAGAAGCCGGUGAAGGCCGCCGAUAGGAGUCCUGUGAAGGCUGAGCUUUCGCAACCUGCCAAGGACUCGCCAAGGCAGGCUCCUCCCCAAAAUCCGAGUGCAAAGCCCUCUACGCCAUCGUCAUCGAAGUCAGUGGGAACCAAAGCAUCGCAGAAGGAGGAUGGGCAGGCCUUCUCGGCGAAGCGGUUAGAGGAGGUGUUCAACAAGUACAAGGAAGAAGGAGAAGAUGAGCCCAUGAUCGGCACCACGGGAAUGGAGAAGUUUUGCCAGGAUCUAGAGAUCGAUCCCGAAGAUGUCAUUACUCUCGUAAUCGCCUACCAUCUCAAGGCUCAACAGAUGGGCUGCUUCACAAAGGAAGAGUUCAUGAAAGGAUUUGAAGCGCUUGGGCUCGACACUCUGGACAAAAUCAAGAAGCACAUGCCCAAAUUCCGCGCCGAGCUGGACGAUGCCGUCACCUUCAAGAAUAUCUAUCGUUUCACAUUCGAUUUUUCCAAGGAGCCGCAGCAAAAGUGUAUAGAUAUCGAGAUCGCGCAGGUCCUUAUCGGCCUGCUGCUCGUUGACCGCCAUGCGCUGGCCAGCUCCUUCCUCGAGUUCCUAAAGCAACAGGACUCGUACAAGGGCUUGAAUGUGGACCAGUGGACAAGUCUGCUCGAGUUCUGUAAAACGAUUGACGUCAAUUUUGGCAACUACGACGAAAACGGCGCCUGGCCAUGCGUCUUGGACGAGUGGGUGACGUGGGCGAAGGAGAAGAAGGAGGGGGAGGAGGGAGCCGACUCAUAA